AUGGCUUCGAACACUCCUGCACCGCGCUUUGCGGAAGGUGAAGACCCACACCAAUUGAGUUCCGACACUACCACACUGCAGCAACAGGGCUGGGCACUGGACGCUGAGGGGAUGGGAGUCACCAAGACGUUCCACUUCAAGAGCUAUUUCAAAGCUGUGUCAUUUUUGAAUAUGAUUGCGGCCGAAAGCUCGGUCAAGAAGCACCACCCCACUAUGACUAUUCGGUUCGGUUCUGUUGAUGUCCACUGGACCACGCAUCACCCGCGUGGCCUCACCCAUAAGGACAUUGCUUUGGCUCGGCACUGUGAUGCUGGAGCUGGAUUGAUCGGGGCUGUUGAACCUGGACAGGGAUUGAAGUGCGGACCUGAGGCAAAGUUAACGGGCAGAGUUUAA